CACGGGGUUCCACAGUCGCAAAGACAGGUAAUGGUGGCCGUUUGGGUGGAGUGGAGUUGUGAGAAGUCGGGUAAAAUAAGCUACAUCGAAACGCUUUAGGAUGCCAUGAAGGUUGGCUAUCAUGUCUAACAGAAAGUCGGCAAUGUUGGUGGUUAAACGUCUCGCACGCUCUCUCUCAUUGGAUAGAAGUCCUGGUUCUCUCGACAUGUUUGGGAGCCGAGGCCGCAAGAAGCCCCCCAAGUGCGUCAGUGACGGGGGAGGGAUGACCCCGGGGGCAGCCACAGGGGGGGCCACCCCCGACCUCCUGGGCGAUCCGGCACUGGAAGGAUAUAACAUCAAUACGUACAUCAACAGACUCUCCGACGAAGAAGUCAAUAGGGAGUUUGAAAGCAUGCUUGACGACAUGAACCUGAGCGACGAGAAGAGAAAACCUCUCCGAAACCGGACCCUAAUGGAAAAACGUGAAAUGCUGUGUCACUUCAAAGGAACCUCCACUGCCAAACGGAGUAGUCGUUAUGAAACACCCGACGAAUAUGUCAGUUAUCUCAGCCUCGACCACAUGUCACCGGAGAAGCUGUUUCGAGUCAUCGAAUCACUGCGGAUAGCGCUCACAAAUAACCCCGUCAGUUGGCUGAAAGAAUUCCUCGAACGUGGCAUGGACAAACUGUUGAAGAUAUUACAGAGAUGCAAGCUUCACAGAGAUGUAAAGUACGAGAAAAUUGAACACGAAGUCAUCCGUUGUCUUCGUGCACUCAUGAACAAUACGCCCGGCCUGAGGUACGUCUACGAGCACGAGACUGCGCUGACGAUAGUUUCGGCCAGCAUGAACGUCACAAAGCCCCACAUCAUGGUUGACGCGGUCAAGUUAUUGGCUGCAGUCUGCCUCGUAGGACACGAGAAGGUACUCAAAGCAAUCACGGAGUACGGUGAGAUAGAAAACCAGGAGCGCUUUGCCCCCAUCGUUGCAGGUCUUGGUUGCCGAGGCAACGAUUCUUUAAGGGUAGCAUGCAUUCAGCUCAUCAAUGCUCUUGUCUCGAAUACGGAAGACUUCGACUUUAGAGUGCACCUCCGGAACGAGUUCAUGAGGACCGGCAUGAUGGAUAUUUAUGAGGAGCUACAGAGUGAAGUCGUCCAAAGUAAAGAGUUGGAGGUCCAGCUCAACGUGUUUAAGGAAACGAAAGAUUUUGACUUCGAGGAGCUGUCGCAACGUUACGAAAAUGUUGUGCAAGAAUUCAAUGACCCUGUGGAGUGUUUUGAGCUGAUUCGCAAUGCAGUGAAGAGUACGCCUGCAGAAAUGUGUCUGUUGUCUAUAUUUCAACACAUGCUCUGCAUCAGGGAUGACGCUUUAAUCAGGCCUGCAUACUACAAGCUCAUCGAAGGCUGCAUAUCUCAAAUAGUCCUGCACAAGAACGGCUGCGACCCUGAUUUCCGGAGGUCCGCGCUCUUCAGCGUUGACCUGGAAACAAUUUUAGACAGUAUAGUUCAGUCGUCGAAACACGAAGACCCGUUAGAAAUUCAGCAGCUUCAGAAGAAGCUCGAAGAAGCACUGACGCAGAAGCAGGAGUGUGAGGCCAAACUGGCAAAUUAUGAGGCUAGACAGAGUGGACAAGACACGAUGCAAAACGGAACAGGUGCCAAACUGACUGUGCCUCCGGGCCUUCUACAAGGCCAGGGCAUCCCUCCUCCGCCUCCCAUGCCCGGAAUGGGCGGCGGCAUCCCCCCUCCCCCACCCAUGCCCGGGAUGGGUGGGAACAUUCCCCCUCCCCCACCCAUGCCCGGAAUGGGUGGAGGCAUUCCCCCGCCGCCCCCAAUGCCCGGGAUGGGCGGAAUGCCUCCUCCGCCUCCCCCCAUGCCUGGGAUGGGGGGUGGCAUGCCCCCACCUCCACCUCCGAUGCCAGGAAUGGGUCCGCCCCCGCCGCCUCCACCAGGGUUGAUGGGCAUGAUGGGGAGAAUGCCAAAUGCGGGGAUGGGCUCCAUGCAGGGAGCGGAGGUGCUCCCUCACGGGAUGAAGCCCAAGAAGAAGUACAACGUGUCCACGACAUUGAAAAGAGCAAACUGGAACAAGAUUGCACCACAAAAGGUGUCCAAAAAGGCAUUCUGGCUGAAGGUUCAUGAGGAGGAGCUCGAGAGCGAAGAAAUCUUUGAUGGCCUUGUCUCACGGUUCUCAUCUGCACCGCCCAAGAAAAAGGAUAAGGAGGAAAAGGAAGACAAGCCCGUGGCCAAAAAGUCCAAAGAGCUGAAGGUCCUCGACGGCAAGGCCGCGCAGAACUUGAUGAUUCUACAGGGUUCUUUAAAAAUGUCAGCCGCGUCAAUACGAGAUUAUAUUCUCGAAGUCGAUGAGGAGCACUUGACAGACGCAAUGUUGCAGCAGUUGAUCAAGUAUAUGCCAGAAGCCGACCAGCUGAAGAAGCUGUCUGAACUGAAAGACAACCUCGCUGACCUCGCUGAAGCUGAACAGUUUGCUAUUACGCUGGGAAGUAUAAAGAAACUUCACUCAAGGUUGGAGUCUAUCAGCUUCAAGUUGAGGUUUUCAGAACUUGUACAAGACCUCAAGCCUUGCAUCGUGGCUGCUACAGAAGCGUGUCAGGAAGUGAAAAGCAGCAAACAGUUUGCCAGGCUCCUUGAACUGAUCCUUCUUCUGGGGAACUACAUGAACACUGGCUCCAGAAAUGCACAGUCAAUUGGCUUUGACAUCAGCUUCUUGCCAAAGCUCAGCGGAACCAAAUCGCACGAUCAGAAGACAACGUUACUCCACUUCCUGGCAGAAACAGUGGAGCAGAAAUUUCCCGAGGUGCUGGGCUUUACGGACGAAUUAAGCUAUAUUGAGAAGGCCGCAAGAGUUUCCCCCGAACAACUGGAAAAGAAUCUGAAUCAAAUGAAGAAGCAUCUUUCACAGCUGGGCACUGACUUGAAGACCUUCAAGCCGCAGGGUCCCAAUGACCGUUUCAGCGAUGUUCUCACUAGCUUCUAUGAAGAUGCGAAGAAGGAACAUGAGCUUUUAUCUGGCAUGUUCACGAAGAUGAAAAAACUCUACGACGAACUGGCAGAGUACUUUGUCUUUGAUGCCAAAAAGUACACUCUGGAUGAGUUCUUUGGAGAUCUGAAGACGUUCAAAGAGCAGUUUGUGAUGGCGCACGCGGAAAACGUCAGGGCACGCGAGCUCGAAGAAAAACGACAGAGAGACAAAGAAGCGAAGCUGAAAGCGGAGAAGGAGAAACAGGAACGUCUUGCAAAAAAGAAGCAACUGGUGGACAUCAGCUCUGCGCAAGACCAAGAAGGAGUAAUGGACAGUUUACUCGAAGCGCUCAAAACGGGAUCAGCCUUUUCGCACAAGCAGCGACGGCGGCCAGCACGCACGGCUGGUGCUGCCAAAGCACAGCUCGCAAGAACACGCUCACGAGGGCCCGGCACCAUGUUCACCGCAGACACAAACCACGUGGACCGUCGACCCAUCGCUCAGCUGAGCUGAUGACCAACAUCUGCCUUUUCCCCCUGCUCCAACUUUGCUAGAACAUUGUUACGUGAAUUUUUCCUUCUCUUCUCAUUAGCGGUAGAUUGUAAAGCACUAAACAUGACUUGUACAUACGCAGUUACGACGACGGUUUUCCCAUAUGAUAGGUAAAAGUGAUGCUGAAGUGAGGUUCGUUUUUAACAUAGUUUUAUCAAACUGUUUUAUGUAAAUUAGGAAGAUAUAGUUACUAUGUACAGGACAUGAGUUUGAUGUUGCAUGUGAAUUAAAUGAAAGAGUGUUGAUGCAGAAUAGGAAGCGUUACAGGUCAGGGUCAAGCACUGGUGUACACGGGGGAGUGGGGAUGGGGGGGAACGCCCCGCCCCUGUUCCUCCCUGUUUGAGACUUAGAAAAAUGGCCAGCCCUUGCAAAGCCAUCGAGAUACUCCUCCACAUAGUCCUGCCCCUAAAUUUCUGGCUGUUACAUUUUGUCUCUAGCUACGAAUCUCCUAUAAUGUUCUGGUUCUUUAAGUCUCUCUUGCAAUUCUGUCUUUGUCAUUCACAGAGUAACCUCAGCCUUGCGUUAAAAUAGGUAUAGACAUCCCUUGUUGCAAACAAACACUGCACAUUCGCCCUAAUUUUUCCUGUAGUUGUACAAAGUUUCAUUGCGAGGGACCACACCAACAGUUGUGUAAGGUUGCUAACCUUACACUCUGCGCUGUGAUUUUUUUUAACGACUGUCACUCCGUGGUGACUUGCCGAGGCAGCACCCGAAGCCACCCAGGAUGGUGGUCUUGGGUGGUUCUGCGUCAUAAUAAUUAAAAGCAGAAGCCCUUACAGCAACUGGGUGGGGGCUGCCACGCGUUUAGAUAAUGUGCUCAAGAUACGACACUUUGUGAUAAGACGGUUCAAUAAAAGUAUUUUUAUAUACAUUUACAACAGAGAGUUACAAUUAGAGCUAUGUUCAGAAUCCUGUUAGCGUACCUGUGACAAAAAUUAGGAGGGAUGGUUGCUGAUAUUGUUUUUAGGUACAGCGUCUAGUACUUGAAUGCACAAAAUGUAAAUUGCUGCUUGCGGUUAAGCGUUCAUGUGUACAUAUUUAUACAUACACCUGUUAUAAAUGAGGCAUUGCUUGACAGAGCUUGAUAAUAAAUUAAUUGGCAAAUUAUUUCCAUGCCUUUGCCCCA